GGUUACAUAAACAUUUAUUACAAAAGUGCAAUUAGUUCAAGGUCAUAAUUUGUAACACACAACAUCAGUUUUUGUAUCAUCAUGGAACAACGAGUCUCGUUUAAACUUUUCAUAAUUUUCCUCAGUAACAUCUUCGUUCUUUUGUGUCUUUUUUCAACUUCUUCUUCUCAAUCUCCACCUCGCGUGGAUAACUUAACAAAGUCUGAGUUUGCUAACCAUACUGCUAUAUCAGAUUUCCGGACUAUAAACAGGAGAUCAUUAGAGGAAUGUCCUGAUCCCAACCCAUAUCUUCAAAUUGCUGUCAGCUCUAGAAAUUCCAAACUUGCUGAUGACGAAUUCGUUACAGUUACUAUAACUGGAGUUUUAUUACCAUCAGAAAGUGAUUGGGUAGCUAUGGUAUCUCCGGCACAUUCUAAUGUGACAAGCUGUCCAUCGAAUGCCAUUGAAUACCUGCAAACUGGGGAUUACAGUACACUUCCACUUCUCUGCCAUUACCCUGUCAAGGCACAGUACGUGAGCAGUGAUCCAGGUUACCUUGGAUGCAAGAAAAAGGAAUGUAAAAAACGAGAUAAAGGAGGCGCUUGUGUAGUAACAACCUGCAGCGCUUCACUAAAAUUCCAUGUUAUUAACAUCAGAACUGAUAUUGAGUUUGUCUUCUUUUCUGGAGGAUUUCUGACGCCCUGUAUUCUUAAACGAUCCACGCCUAGGCCUUUUGCAAAUCCAAAAAUACCGUUGUAUGGACAUCUUUCAAGCAUCGACUCCACAGGAAACUCAAUGAGGGUAACAUGGGUCAGUGGAGAUAAUUCGCCACAGCAAGUUCAGUAUGGAAAUGGAAAGUCCCAGAUAUCUACGGUGACUACAUUUUCACAAGAUGAUAUGUGUAGUUCUAUACCAGAAAGUCCAGCAAAAGAUUUCGGAUGGCAUGAUCCAGGUUACAUUCAUUCAGCAGUCAUGACCGGCCUUGAGCCAUCCACUACUUUGUCCUACAGAUAUGGAAGCAACUCAGCUGGUUGGAGUAAUUAUACAAAGUUCAAGACUCCGCCUGCUGGAGGAUCAGAUGAAGUCAGAUUUCUUGCAUUCGGUGACAUGGGCAAGGCUCCUCGCGACCCUUCUUUAGAACACUACAUCCAGCCAGGUUCAAUAUCAGUAGUGAACUCCCUGGCAAGCGAAGUAUCAUCAGGAAAUAUAGAUUCAAUAUUUCACAUUGGAGACAUAAGCUAUGCAACUGGAUUUCUUGUAGAAUGGGACUUCUUUCUUCACCUUAUAAGUCCCCUUGCUGCUCAGCUUUCUUAUAUGACAGCUAUCGGAAACCAUGAAAGGGAUUACAUAGGCACUGGAUCCGUUUACAUAACCGCAGACUCAGGAGGAGAAUGUGGAGUUCCCUAUGAGACUUAUUUCCCGAUGCCAACGUCUGCAAAGGAUAAGCCAUGGUAUUCCAUUGAACAAGGAAGUGUUCACUUCACUGUCAUUUCAACUGAGCAUGACUGGUCCGAAAGCUCAGAACAGUAUACUUGGAUGAAGAAGGACAUGGCAUCCGUGAAUCGGACCAGAACACCCUGGCUAAUUUUCAUGGGGCACAGGCCAAUGUACUCUACCCCAGGCGACGGAUUGAUACUCAUUCCAAGCGUCGACGCGGAUUUUGUGCAAGCAGUGGAGCCUCUGCUGCUAUCUAACAAGGUUGAUCUGGCUCUGUUCGGGCACGUACAUAACUACGAGAGAACAUGCGCGGUUUAUCAAGGAGAAUGCAAAGCAAUGCCUAAGAAAGAUGGGAAUGGAGUGGAUACAUAUGAUAAUUCCAACUACAAAGCACCUGUUCAUGCCAUUAUUGGAAUGGCUGGCUUCAAGUUGGAUUCAUUUUCAUCUACUGCUGAUAGUUGGAGCUUAAAGCGAAUUUCAGAAUUUGGGUACGUAAGAGUCCAAGCAACAAAGACAGACUUAAACUUCGAGUAUGUGAAUGCCAAUUCAAGAGAAGUAGACGACAGAUUCCAUAUCACCCGCACUCGAACGAACAAGGGUUGAUAGAAACAGGGAUUAUAAUUAUUAUGAUUUUAUGUAAUAUUUGUGGGGAAUGUUGUGUAUUAAAAUAAGAAAAUCCUUGGAUUGUAUCUGUAUAGAGGACAGAAAAAUGGAUAUUAUUGCUUUUGUAAACGUGCCGGGUCCAUGCAUAAGAUGAAUAUACUUAUUUUGUUAUGAAUAA